AUGGUUCAAAUUCAAACGUCCCCUCCAACGACGGGGCUGCGGUCUGUUCGGCGGUCGAUCGUUCUGCUUUUGUUGCUGGUGCACGCGAUUGCGCUAGACGCCGCCAAAUCACAAACCUCGAAACAGUUGCGUGUCUGCGUCGUGGAAGGUAGCGGCAAUUACAAGAAAGGCGCACAAAACUGUCCAACGCUCGAGCGCAGCUCCAACGUACGGUGUGUGUACGGGCUCGAUCGGCUAGACUGCUUGCGCAAGAUACACAAGGGUGCCGCCGACUUUGCCGCCUUCUACCCGGAAGACUUUCUGGCGGCACGCUGGUCCGGGGUGGACAUACUGGUAACGAGCGAGUUACGGUUUCAUGCCGAGCACUUCGAAUACCAGAUAGUGGUGGUGGUUGACAAUGAGGCAGAAAUUAAUACGGCCCAGGAGCUGCGGGGAAGCAAAUUUUGCCAUCCUGGACAUGGGUUGAAGAAUCAUUGGACGGCAGUGCUGGCGGACUACUUUGAGACGAGACUAACACCACGUGACUGUGAGGAAGAUCUAUCGCCGGUAGAAUCGAGACUAAAGUCCGUCUCAUCCUUCUUUGGACCUUCCUGUCGGGCUGGUCCCUGGGUACCGGAUCCAGUAGAAGAUCGUCGGUUAAAGAAAAAGUAUCCCUCCCUGUGCCAACUGUGCUACAACUCGUACCAAUGCGCGAUCGGUGACAAACAUUGGGGCAGACGGGGUCCACUGUACUGUUUAACGAGCGGUGCCGGUGAGGUAGCUUGGGCCAGACUAGACGACGUGCGAAGUCACUUCGGCUUUUCGGGACUGGCGGCUGAAGCAAACCCAACGGAAUACAGUUACCUCUGCCCGGAUGGACAUCUGCAACCCCUAAACACGCGCAAACCGUGCGUUUGGGUAGCAAAACCAUGGCCAGCAAUAGCUGCUAAAUCGAAAGUCGCCAUGGAGGUGCAGGAUCUCGUAGCGCAUCUAUCACACGACGACACCAACAGCUGGCAGAAUGCGCUGCUGAUGGUACUGGAAACGUAUCACGUCAACAUAACGACCCUGGACAACGUUAUCCCGGUGGAUGAUUAUCUGGACCAAGCGACCGGAUUUCAGGAUGCGUACAACAACCCCGGAUGUAGUCCAAGCCGUUCGAUUGUGUUCUGUACGAAAUCGUUGCUAGAAAUGUACAAAUGCUCCUGGCUGCAGGAAGUUGCCAGCGUGUACGGUGUCGAGCCGGGUUUACAGUGCAUCCGGAUGGAUGAUUUGGAUCAGUGUAUGGCUAAGGUACACUCGGCCGAUGCCGAUCUCGUCAUUGUCGAUCAGGAUAAUGCGAUGCGAGCACAGCGUGACUAUGGUUUGCGGCCGAUACUGCACGAAUACUCAUCGAAUGCGCUUCACAAGUAUCUGAUCGUAGCCGUCGUUGCAAAGGAUUCGGGCCUCAGAUCCGGAUAUGAUCUCCGUAACCGGCGUGCCUGUUUCCCACAGUACGAAGGAGCCGCACACACCGCCGUACUGACCGCACUCCAGAACCAUUCGAUCGGAAACGCACGAAACUUUUUCUCCGAAAGUUCGUGCAACUGGAAAAGCACAAGCCGCUGUUCGGCAGUUUACGAUGGCGAUGAUGGUGCCAUGCGCUGCCUGCAGGAUGGCAUUGCGGACGUUGCGUUCGUGAGCUUCGAAACGUACAAAAGUAUGAAAAACUCCGGCCACGAUAAGCAGAAAAAUUGGACCAUCUUCUGCCCGUUCAACAAACCGGUCAAACACAACGCACUGUGCUAUCUGGGCUGGACGUCUGUUGGGCGGAUCAUGAUCAGCAAUGGAACGAUCACGAGACGGCAGAACGAAAUCUACAACGCAAUGAAAGACAUCGACAAGCUGUUUGGGCGUAAGAAUGGUCUCAAGGCGGAAGCAUUUAACCUGUACGGUAUGUUCGACGGGCGUAGCGAUGUACUGUUUAAGGACAGUACGGAAAGUCUUCGCAAUCGGCAGGAAAUGAUGCGUGACAAGAGUGAUGGCUUUUUCGAACCGGCCAGCGUUAGCCAACUGCUCAUAGCCCAACUCACGAUGCUGUCCAAUAGCAACGGUCUACGGAUGGAGAUUAUUACCGAACCCUGGUUUCCGGAGGUUAUACAGCAUCUUCGCCAAACGUUCUUUGCCGACGAACCGCUGAACAAGGCCGUAAACCUGUGCCGCCCCGGUGACGGGCAUACGCUGCUGGAAAAGCAUAGUCUCUCGAGCCUUCGUGACGGUAUUAGUGUCAUGGCAAUCACCAACAGUGGAGAGAUAGCUGGUGUCGUCGUUAAUGGGAUACUGCACGGGAAUGAGGAUACGGGCCGUGCGUUGGACCGGUUGGCCGAGAUGGAUGAUGAAAAAUUUCGGAAAAUUUUCACCCUCCUGUACGAGGAAAAUCUCAAGAUUGAUUUGUUUGAAGAGUUUUCGGUGGAUAGUAUAUUUGAAAUUCGCAUCCUAUCGGUUGACGCAAAAUUUCGUGGCCAAGGAUUGGCGAAGGAAUUGAUGAGGAAGAGUGAAGAAAUUGCACGCAGUAAUGGAUUUCGGGUAAUGAAAACCGAUGCGACCGGCAUGUUUUCCCAGCGUGUGGCCACUUCACUCGGAUUUCUGACCAGACACGAGAUCAAGUACGACGACUAUCUCGACCAGGAUGGCCGCCCCGUGUUCCAUGUUGGCGAACCACAUGAUCGACUAAAAAUUAUGUACAAAGCACUGUGUUAA